UUGAAAAUUCGGAUUGGUUAAUAUUUCGUUUUGUAAAUCCCGAUUAUGAAAAGAAAUUAAUCGUCAUCGUCUUUCUUCAUUUUUUUUUUUCCUACCCAAUACCACGUUCGCGUUUACGAGUGAAUGUUUCUAUAGAUUAUUCUAGCACGUCUUUGUAUUCAUGUGAUAUAUGUAGAAGCAUUAGAAACCGUGACGUAUUUUAUUACAAAAAUUAAAUACGAAAAUAUAUUAUCAUCCAAUAAUAAGUGAAUUUUGUUCUCCUUAUGAUGGAUGAUAGACUACAAGAGAUCAAUUAUCUGAAAAGUCUCAUAAAUAAUUAUCAGAACAAAUCGUCUGGAAAUUUGCCUAAUAGCGGUACUACAAAUAAUUAUAACAUAAAUAACGUUGCAACGGAACGUAAAAUGAAUAUAAAUAAUUUUCCUAAAUCUAGACAUACUGAUACAUUGACGUAUCAAAAUUCAAAUAAUUCAAUACAAUUAAAACCUUCGACAAUGGCCUAUAAUGUUUACGUCAAUCCAUAUUUCAAACCACAAAAUCCUGUGGUACAUAUCAAUCCGAAAAUGCAUCUGAAACCAUUCAUACAUGUAAAUCCUAAAAUGGUUAAAAAUGUUACCAGUACAAAUGAUACUACAAUUAACAAUACUUCUAAUAUCAUGAGUAAUUCUCCAGAAAACUUAACACAAAUGGAUAUAAAAAAGUUAAAACUACAUGCGAAACCUUCGAUACACGUCAAUCCAAAAAUAAUGAGCAGUAUUGCUAAUUCAAACGCAACAACGGAAAAUAAUUAUAAAUGUGUUACGUCUAAUAAUAAUAAUAAUAAUAAAAAAAGUUUUAUUCGUACAGAUGUUAAGAAAUCAGUAUACGUCAAUCCAAAAUUAAUGUCAAAAUUAUCUUCAACUAAGGAAUCUAAAACGGUUGAAAAGAAAGAGACUAUUCCAAAUUUUAAUCAACCUUCGUGUUCAAGAUUAAAAUUUGUAAGAAAAAUUGACAAUACAAAGACACCUAUAAAAAAAACUAAUAUGUCUAAUAUAUUAGUAUUGUCGAAAAGAAAAUUAAUAAGGGCUAAACGCACAAUGAAAGAAAAUACUGUUAUAUCUCCACUAGGUCCAAAUAAAGUUAAAAAACUUUCUCAAACAAAAAAGAUUAAAACUACCACAUUACAGAGUACAAAUAAUAUAACAAACAAUAAUAAAUUGCAAUCCACCAGUAACAAUGUUAACUUAUCGAAGAUACCUAAUGCUAAAAGAAAAAUAAAUCAAUACAAAAUCGAUAGAACUGUAAAAUCGUUAACAGAACCAAAAGCAAAUGAAGUUUCUCCAGUAAAAAUAUCCAAGUAUGACUUGAUGGAAUUAGUUACAAUUGGAGGAAUAGUAUACAAAUCGUCCAGGAAUCAAUUAGUUCGAAGAAGUUACUCUUUAAAGAGAAAACUUGCAGCAAAUACUAAACGUGAUAAAUUUAUAAUUGCGACCAACGGUAAAAAACUUUGUAGGCUCAAGCUAUCAAAAGACAUACCCAAUCGGAAAAAUGUUCUGCAAACAACUGAAUCGAAAUUUGGCAGUGUGGCUAAUUCAAAAACAACUUAUAAGAAAAAUAUUAGCAAUAAAGUUAAGCAAAGGAGCAUACAAAUUUUGCGCAACAAAAUGCGAAAAAAUAAUCAACCGUGUUUGUUCUUCCAACGAUUUGGAUAUUGUGCCAAUCAAAAGAAGGGAACCUGUUCGAAACUUCAUGACAAAAAACAGAUCUCAGUUUGUAAAAAAUUUCUUCAAGGGAAGUGCUUGUUGGAUGUAUGUCCACUUUCACAUGAUGUUGGACCUGAGAAAAUGCCAACCUGCAAAUAUUUUCUAGAAGCGUGUUGUAUGCGAGAUCAUUGUCCUUAUCGUCAUGUUAAAGUUUCAUCCAGUACUCCCAUCUGCAGAGAAUUUCUUCAAGGGUAUUGUCCCAAGGGAAACGAGUGUAAGCUGCGGCACGAACAUCUUUGUCCCGAAUAUAAUAAAACAGGUAACUGCAACAAAGGUAAGCAUUGUCCCUAUCCUCAUAAACCAACUACAUCUACUGCCCGACAAACUAAAAAAUAUAUCAAAAAGAAACCUAACGCAACUAAAAGUCAAAAUGCACCUACAAUGGAGAAUGACACAGAACUAAUCAAUCAUGAAUGUAAAUUAAGAUAUUAUGAGAGUACUGAUACAAACAAUACUAAUCUUGCUACGAAAAGAGAUAAUAUUAUUAAACAAAUGCAAAUUAUGAAAAAUGUUGUAUUAGCACAACAAUCGGACGAAUUAUUUACAAAGGAGGAAUUAUCUAACAAUAACGUUACUGAACCAAGCAUAUCUGAAAAAGAAUCGACAAAUUGUUUGGAAAACACAUUGCCGAAAAGAUUGCCCCUUGGUAUUCUACCUGCUUUUAUUCCUAUUAAUUAAAAAAAGUGAUUAUUAUUUAAAUCAUCAUUUUUUUUAAUUUUAUUCGUACAUAUAUACAUUUUUGUUUUUGUUUUUAAUAUUCAUAGGCUGGGCAAAAUAAUUUAUUUUAUUAUUAUACGUUAUUAACUUUUAUUCUUUGAAUAAAUUUUCGAUAUUUUAUUUUAUCUUUUUAUUUUUGUCUCUUUAGUAGUAUAUCAAUAAACUAGAAAUUUAUCUGUCAUUUGUAUUAUGUUAAUAUUAACUACAUUUAGCGAUUUUAUAUCUUACACGAACUAUUAUUUAAUUGUACUUAUUUUUACAUAUAUUCAUUUUUCCUCUAUGAAUUUUAAAUGACAGCAAAAAAAAAAUAUUCUACAUGCUUAUAUUUUAUUAAAUUUAUUUUUAUUAUUCUUUUAUUAGAAUUAUUCCACGAUAAAAAAUUAAAUAUUAUCUGGAAAUAUAUAACUGCAAUUAAAUCAAUUUGCAAUAACGAAAGUUUUAAUCGACUCUAAGAAAAUAAAAUGUUCAUUGACCUAAAGUACAAACAUGUAAAAUAUUACUCUUUAGAAUCAGAAGCAUCUAAAUAUAUAUUCUAUGAUAGUGGAUACUCUGGAACAUUUCAGAAAUGUGAUUCUAUUAUAUUCAUAUUUUUUCAAUAAGAAUAUCAUACAUCUUUACAGCUGAAGAUGAUUAAUUUAACUUUAUACUGCAUUUAAUUCUCCAGAGUGUUAUUUUUCAAUUGUUUAUUUCGAUUUCAUAAAUAAUUAAGUCGGGCAAUUCAUGUUUGGUCUUUAUGAGAAUCUAUAUACAUAUAUUUAUUCUUCCACAUUAUUUUUUAUUAUUUUCCCUGUUAGACUUAUACGAAGUAUAAAAAUUAUAUUUUGUGAAAUGUAUAAGAUACCUGUAAAUAAAGGAUGUAUAUUUGUUAAUAAAGAUUUUACCUUUCUAAUAA